CAAAGAUCCACCCUACCUUCAAGCAGAUUAGCGCGGCCUCCAGUGGAAGGAAGAACAAGCGCGAAAGAAUUCAUUCACCUGGUCUGGUCUCAAAUUGGCUCGAAACUACGACGACGCCAAGGUGCUAACUGGCCACGGCCCGCUGGACCAUCCCGAAGCCGGGCGGGGGCCAUCUCUCGCCAGUCAUCGGCCGGGGUUCGACCUGGUUAGGCGUGUUGUUGAUCGAACUCUCUCGUUCCGCGGCCAAGUCAAGAUCGUUCUGGAAAACGUGACGAAGAAAGUUGCGCGCGAUGCUAAUUAAGGCGGUUGUACCGUUCGUUUUCGUCACGAUCGCCGUCGUAGCCGGUGCCGACGGGCCGGACUUUAGCUUCGGCGAUGCGGACUUUUCCGUUGAGUACUUCAAGGCGGCGUUCAAUGCGUCCCGGAAUGAGGUUGUGUCACCGCUGUCGAUUCGGCUAGCGUUGGCCGCGUUCUACCAGGUGGCCGGAUCGGCGGUAGAGCAAACCCUCCAGAGGGCGUUCUAUCUACCGCUGGAGAAGUCAGUGGCCAGCGAGAAUGCCGCUGGGUUCCUGGAAGAGGUCAGUACUAACCAGCAGCUGCAGGUUGCCUUCAAAGUGCUGAAAAAUCAAGAUCCUUUGUCGGAUGAAUUCUCCUCAACGCUGAGCAAGGUGUUCAAAACUGCCCCGGAAAGUGUCGAGUUUGCCGACAAGCGUUCCGUCGUGACCUCGGUCAACACGUGGGCCAACCGCGCCACCAACGGUCAAAUCCGUAAUUUCCUCAAAGAAGACGAGCUGGACACCAACACGGAGUUGAUCCUGCUCAAUGCGGUAUCUCUGAAGGCAUCAUGGGCCGAAAGGUUCUCCGAGGCCAAAACAGAUCGUCAAAGUUUUGCCUUCCGGAACGGAAUCCGUCCAGUCGACAUGAUGCACGAAACGGUGGAAGUUCUGUACAAGGUCGCUCCCGAAUACCACGCCGUUCAGAUCCCGUACAACGAAGAAAGUGACCUGUCCAUGUGGAUCCUGGUUCCACGCGGCCAAGGCAACUUUGACUCUCUUGUUGCAUCCCUCUCCUCUGACCUGCUGGACGACAUCGAAACAACCGCGAUGCCACGGGCCGUGGACAUUUCGCUGCCAAGGUUCCAGAUCCGAUCGGAACUGCCGGCCAAAAAGAUCAUCGAGAAAAUGGGCUUCGAACAGCUUUUUGCCGAGAGUGACUUUAGCAUCUUCAAGAAUCGCAAGUCGGAACUCAGUGAUCUACGCCAAAGUACAUUCCUGCAGGUCAACGAAGAAGGCACCGAAGCUGCCGUGGUUUCAUCGGCCACCACGAAGUUCCGCGCGAAAAACGCCCAGUUCAACGCGAACCAACCGUUCGUGUUCAUCAUCAAGAAGAUCUCCACCGAUACGAUCGUGUUCAUCGGACACUACUCAAACUUCGAGCAGCAACAGUAAUACCGUUGAAUAAAUUUCCCC